AUGUUGAUGUUUCCUUUCUUAAUCUUCGUAGAGCACAUCGCCGAGUGUUCCAUCAAUACUUUCAACCUCGUGCGGUUCCGGCUUACUAUCCUGGGCAAAAGGCGACGUCUGUCAUGCUCCAGCAGCUUCUCAAAUCUCCCAAUGACUUUGAACACCACGUUCGCCAGUGAACUGGGCGUAUUUAGUUGGGUUGUUUUUCAUAAUAAUGGUUCAAUCAUCAUCAAAACCGUAUAUGGAUACGAUAUCGACCCAAGCGGUGACCCAUUUGUGGAUCUGGGGGAUCGUGGUAUGGAAAGUGUUCGCCGCGCCGCAAAUGUAGGAUCAUUUCUGGUUGACUACAUCCCGAGCUUGAAAUACCUUCCGCGUAAGGCCUCUCACUCUUUCUGGUUUCCUGGAACCCAAUUUAUGAAGCUUGCGGAGGACUGGACUGCGUGUGUCAAUGAUGUGAAAGAAAUGCUGUUUAAACUUACGUCAGAACAGCUUGCCAACGGCAUUACAUCUACGUCAUUCGUCUCUGAGAGUUUGGAAAAGAUGAAAGAGGCUGGGAUCUUCAACUCCGAGACCGACCUUGAAAUCCUCAAAAACGCAGCUGGAGUGGCCUUCGCUGCAGUCGCACUACUUAUCGUAGCGGGCGCUGAUACUACGGUGUCAACUGUCCUGGCGGCAAUGCUUGCCUUCGUACUUUAUCUCGGGGUGCAAGCAAAGGCUCAGGCCAAGCUGGAUAUAGUGCCGUCAUAUAUUGAGACGAUUGUGUCAGAAGCAUUGCAGUGGAAUCCCAUUGUUCCUCUAGGCGUGGCCCACGCGGCGUUAAAAGAAGACAUAUAUAGAGGCUACUAUAUCCCUGCUGGUACCACUGUUAUUGGGAACGUUUGGACCAUUCUUCAUGACGAAAAAGACUAUCCAGACCCAUUGGCGUUUAAUCCUGACCGUUUUAUGCCAGAAGAUGGAAAGGAACUCCCACCCGAACCCACAACUACGUUCGGUUUUGGAAGACGCAUCUGUCUUGGUCGUUAUCUUGCAGUGAACAGCGCUUGGAUUGCCAUAGCGUCUAUCUUAUCAACUCUCACAUUCUCCAAGGCUGUCGGCCCUGCCGGUCAAGUCAUCGAACCUAGUGAUGUCUUUACCGAUGCCUUCAUUAGCUUCCCUUUACCUUUCAAAUGUACCAUCAAGACACGCUCCGCUCAGGCCGAAGAGUUAAUAUCCGGUAGAUUGUAAUGGUACAGCGGCUGCU